AGCCAUUUGGGCUCAAGCCGUUCUGGUUCGCACUUCUCCGCCUGAGAAAUCCGCCGACCUUCGCCUAGCUCUCUAUCGCCAGCCCUCGCGGCGCCAUGGCCGAGGAGGAGGGGCAGGAAGUGAUAUUCACUGAGAACACCGCCCCUGAUCGCGAGAUCUGGGACGAGAAGGGCGGCUUGAUCAAGAAGGGCGCCGCGGAGAUCGCGGAACGCGACUCGGACCACGUGCCCGAGGUAAAGAUCCUCACGACGAUGGGGAUGUUCGCGGUGCCCGUGACCGCGGAGACCACGGUUGGCGAGAUCCGGCAGAAGGUCCAGGAGUGGAAGCCCGAGUAUUCUUUGGAGCAAAUCGAGCUCGUCUGCAAGGACAAGGAUGCGUGGGGGCCCUUGUUCAACAAGACGUCGCGGCCGCGCGACGACGACGAGACAGUGGAGUCACUGUGGAGCGACUGGGACAUUCCGCGACGCAUGAUGCAGGUGGCUCUUUGGAUCAAGGAGAAGAAUGAGGAGACGGGCGAGUGGGAGAGCACCUUCUGGAAGAUGCUUGAAGAAUCCAAGUGUGACGAUUGGAGCUUCCAGGGGCACACGAUCUGAGGUGCCCUGGGACUCUCCGCCCUGAAUAAGUGCUGCCGUGCGCGUCGGCGCGUAGAUCAAUUCUCCCGUGCAUGGGCACUACGAGUCUUGUCGUUGCUGCUUGAUUGCGAAGAUGUUGAUGCUGAGCUGCAUCGUAGCAAGCUGAACA